GUUUUAGGAUUUACAUUACAAAUAUGUUCCUAAUAGGUGUCUUUUCUGAUCCCGGAAUGUGGCAUGCUACCUGAAGUGCUGAAAAGCACAAUUGCAGAUUUUGGAGAGUACUACCUGGUGAGGAAUUUACCUGUUCAUGAAUUGGUUGCUCAUGAAUUCGUUGAUGCUUUCGUGAAGAAAGGUUCAUGCUAUGCACUUACCUAUAAGACAAAAAUUGAUCAAGAUAAUACUGCAGCUCUGCUACCAAAUGGUAAACUAAUUCUGUCAGUGGAUAAGGAUACUUAUGAGGAGCUUGGACUGCAAGGUCGCCCUUCUCGGUAUUCAGGAAAAAAAGUAAUGAGAUAUAUUGUCACUAUUGACUUGACUGAUGCUGGCUUUCACCCUGAGAGCAAGAAACAUAACAGAGUGCUUUGGGCCUUGAAAGAAAAGAAACCUUUAGAAUUUGACUUCCUACUGGCUUGGUAUAAUACAGCCGUACUGCAUUUGAAGAGUUAUCAGGGAGAGGGAAGCAGGGGUGCAGAGGGAUCAACAUUGAUGUCAUACUUUUCAAAAAACCAAAUACAGGCCCUGAAGCCAAAAAUAACAUUCAGCACCUUAAGGGACUUGCAGUGUCCAGUGUUACAAAGUAAUGAUCCACAAGGAAAACCAGAGGAGUCCUGCAGUACAGAGGAGCUCUUUGAAUGGCUGGGUGCUGUCUUGAAUCAAGUUAAUUUAGACAACAAAUCCUCCAGCUUCUUAUCAACCUAUUGCUGCCCUGAGCCCAGCACAGUGGUGGAAAAAGCUUUUUUGUGCACAAUCACAGGCUUUAUAAUUCCUGAGAAGAUUAUUCAGUUAUUGGAGCAGCUGUGUUGCUAUUUUGGUGAACCAAAACUGGCAUAUUGGCUGACCUUAACUGUGCAUGGCUUUGCAGACAGCCCUGUUUCCUGGAGAGAAAAUGAACAUGGUUUCCACAAAGGAGGAGAGAACUUGUACAACUUUGUCAUUUUUAGAAAUCUGGACUACUGGCUUCAGAUGGCUGUCGGAGCUCAUGAUGAUUGCCCUCCAUAAAUCUAUGUCCACAGAAGAAGUUCUCUGAUAGUCCCUUGUCGCUGACAGAAAACUAAUAAAAUAUUUUUUGUACAAGUAGUAA